GUGACGGAAAACAUGAUCCACUUUUGUUUCUCUUUCCCUCUCUUCUCCACCCCUCUCCCUCCCUUGAGAGGGUUCAUCUCUUCCCUACCCUUCUCCAAAAGCCACCAUCUUUUACACACAUUCCCAUAAAAAAGACGAUACUUCUAAUGAGAAUCUGUACUUUAUUUCUCCUGUCUUCUUGUUCCCCUGCCCACGGGCUCAAUCCUCUUCUCUUCUAUGAACGACGCCGUUGCCCCAUCAAAUUCUCUCACUUCCGUUUCAAUCUUCUUACCAAACCCAGAUUCUUUACAGUUGCUGUUUCUGCAACAGAAAAUGGUGUAUUUACUUCCCCAGAAAUUGCGAGGUCAUUUGAUUUUUCUUCAGAAGAACGAAUUUACAACUGGUGGGAAUCUCAAGGAAUUUUUAAGCCAAGUUUUGACCGGGGCAGUGAUCCUUUUGUGGUUUCAAUGCUACCUCCAAAUGUUACUGGUUCAUUGCACAUGGGGCAUGCAAUGUUUGUGACUCUUGAGGAUCACACAACAGCUUUUGAUCCACCGCUCAGCUAGGGUGCUUGGUAAUGGUGUUGCUGACUGCCCAUCACUCAACAACCUUUCACAGAAAUAGCUUAGAUCAGGCUCAAGAAAAACAGGGUAUGUAUGUUGGGGGGAGGGGGGAGGGGGAGUUGCCUCCCAGUAGCUUUUUGCCCUCCAAAGAACAAAAUAUCAACUGCAUGUAGAGUGCAGACACCUAGUUUGCCUCCUUAGGCCAUCCUUCUAAAUGGUAGGUGGAAAUUAUAACUCACUAUGGACAUUACACUCCUGUUGAUGCUUAUCCAUUGUUUGAUCAUUGGCUGUGGUUAUGUAGCUGUUGCUUUUAAGAAUUGUUCUAACUUUCGCUUCAUUUUUGGUUAAUGAAUCAGUUAUAGUGAAAAAUGGUAGCUGUAGCUGCUAUUUAUCUGGCAUGCAGAGAAGAUGUUUGAAGCUUUCUUCAAAGAAUAAACAGGGAAAAAAAAGUGAAUACCAUAUCUUUCUGGUUCAAAUAUAGGGAUACAAUAACUAUGCAAAUGAGAAAAUUUUUGAUCGUAAGAUAUAAGUGAUACAACAUGGAAUGAUUGUCUGAAUAUAAUCAUCCAAGGCUUAUAGCAAAAGCAAAUGCUAUAGAGGCCCCAAAACUGCUGACUUUACUGUGAAUGAUGAAGAAUUCUGGAGAUACAUUAUUCUUGAAAGUUCCUUG